AUGAAGAGCCGGGUGCUACUAUUACUGCUCCUCGGGGCAGCCGGCAUCAUCCACCGGGCACAGGCCUGCGGGGAGGAGACUUGCCCUCCGGCCCCCGAUGGCUUCCUGAAUGUACAUCUCGUUCCACACACUCACAACGACGUGGGCUGGCUGAAAACGGUGGACCAGUAUUAUUACGGAGCCCGGAAUGAUAUCCAGCACGCUGGGGUCCAGUACAUUCUAGACUCCGUCAUCCCUCAGCUUCUCUCCGAUAAGCGGAAACGCUUUAUUUACGUGGAAACGGCUUUUUUCUGGCGUUGGUGGGAGCAACAGACGGAGGCGUUGCGAAGGGACGUCACCGACCUCGUACAGGAAGGUCGUCUGGAGUUUAUAAACGGCGGCUGGUCUAUGAACGACGAGGCCGCCGCGCACUAUAGCGCCGUCAUCGACCAGAUGACGCUGGGGCUGCAGUUUCUUCGGUUGAGGUUCGGGGAAUGCGGGAGGCCGCGUGUCGCCUGGCACAUCGAUCCCUUCGGGCACUCGCGGGAGCAGGCCUCCUUGUUUGCACAGAUGGGGUACGAUGGCUUUUUUUUUGGCCGACUGGAUUACCAGGAUAAAGAAAACAGAGAGAAAACCAAACAGAUGGAAAUGAUCUGGCGGGGAAGCGAUGACCUGAGCCCACCAAUGGCGGAUCUGUUCACGGGCGCUCUCCCUAAUGGUUAUAACCCACCGCAAGGAUUUUGCUGGGAUUUGCUUUGCGCCGACUCCCCGGUUAUGGACGACCCGCGGCUGGAGGAUUACAACGCGGACUCCGUCCUGAAAAACUUCCUGAAAGCUGUGGCUGAUCAGGCCCAACAUUAUCGCUCCAACCAUCUCAUCAUGACCAUGGGGUCUGAUUUCCACUAUGAGAACGCCAACCUAUGGUACAAAAACAUGGAUAAACUGAUCGCGUUGGUCAAUGCCCAGCAAACAAACGGCAGCAAAGUGAAUGUCAUUUACUCCACUCCAAGCUGUUACCUGAACGCCCUGCACCGAGCCAAUCUCACCUGGCCCAUGAAGAUGGACGACUUUUUCCCGUAUGCCGACGGACCCCACAUGUUCUGGACCGGCUACUUCACCAGCCGACCGACUUUCAAACGCUACGAGAGGUUAAGCAACAACUUCCUGCAGGUCUGUAACCAGCUGGAGGCUUUAACAGGAAUGGCAGCUCGGUUUGGGCCCUAUGGUUCUAGCAACAGCUCUGUACUGAGACGUGCUAUGGGAGUUGCUCAGCAUCAUGAUGCCGUUACUGGGACGGCAAAACAACAUGUGAACGAUGAUUACGCCCGGCGUCUGUCUCAGGGGUGGGACGCCUGCCAGGUUGUUAUCAGUAAUGCUCUCUCCAGUCUGACGGGGUCCAAGGAGAACUUUGUCUUCUGCAAUUUAUUAAAUAUCAGUGUGUGUCAGCUCUCCGAGACAUCGAAAACUUUUUCAGUCUACGUGUACAACCCUCUGGGACGCGGCGUCGCGUGGACUGUCCGGCUACCUGUCAGCGGUCUCAAGUACUCGGUCCUUGGCCCAUCCGGGAAGCCCCUGCCGAAUGAGGUGGUGCCUGUGUCUGAAUUCACAAAGGAUGUGCGCCGGGAGAAGGGGCGAGCCGCGCAAGAACUCAUCUUCCAGACGCAGAUACCCCCUGUGGGCUUCAGCAAGUUUGUUGUAAAGAAAUUAUCUACGCAGGGGCUGUUCUUUAAGGAGAAGAAACGCGAGCCACGGCCCACCAGUAUCCAGAACGAGUAUUACAGAGUGGAUUUCAGUCCUGAAACCGGUCUAAUUACUGGGAUUCACAAUCUGGAGAAAAGGAUGUCGUUGCCGUUAAAGCACGGAUUUUACUGGUAUAAUGCAAGCAUAGGUAAUGACGACAGCGGACAGGUGUCUGGAGCGUAUAUCUUCAGACCAAAUCUCUCAGAGGCUCUGCCUUUAACAACGAAGGUCCACACUUAUGCUGUUAAGAACUCCCUGGUGGAGGAAGUCUAUCAGAACUUCUCUUCUUGGUGCUCCCAAGUGGUGCGAUUAUACAAAGGCCAGCGCUUCGUGGAGCUGGAAUGGACUGUUGGGCCGAUACCCAUGGGGGAUCGCUGGGGUAAGGAGGUGAUCAGCCGCUUCGACUCCCAGCUGAAGACUGAAGGAGUGUUUUAUACCGACGCCAACGGGAGACAGAUCAUGAAGAGGACGAGAGACGGCCGGGAGACGUGGAAAUUUCAGCAGACGGAACCCGUGGCUGGAAACUAUUAUCCGGUGAAUAGCCGGAUUUAUAUCCAGGAUGAAAAAGCUCAGUUGACGGUUUUAACCGAUCGAUCUCAGGGAGGAUCCAGUAUCGGGGACGGAUCUGUGGAGCUGAUGGUUCACCGGCGCCUCCUGCAGGACGAUGCCAGGGGUGUGGGAGAGCCGCUCUUCGAGCCCGGGGAGUACGGAGACGGGAUUGUCGUACGAGGAAGACAUCUGUUGUUGCUGGACUCUCCUGGCGACGCAGCAGAACAGCACAGACCGCUGGCGAUGCAGGAAUACCUGUCGCCCCAGAUUAUCCUCUCCGCCGGCGACAGCGCCCCCUACAGUCACGGCGGAGACCCCCAGACGCAGUUUUCGGCUCUGCGGAAGGAACUGCCCCUGAACGCUCACCUCCUGACCCUCGCUCUGCAUGAGCCCACAAAAGUCCUCCUGCGAUUAGAACAUCCGUUCCAGGGGCGCGAGAGCGACAAUUAUUCUCAGCCCAUCUCCGUUAACCUGAAGACGCUGUUUUCCUCCCUGUCUUUGUCGGACUUCGAGGAGACGACGCUGGCCGCUAACCUGGAGAAAAGCAAACUGAAGCGUCUGCGCUGGAGAUCGGAGACGAGUACCCCCGUCACCUCGGACGCUUCCGCUCCUCCCCUGGAUCCUUCCGACGUUACCCUGAACCCCAUGGAGAUCCGCACCUUCUUGGCCACCAUCAAGCAUAGCAAACAGCCUGCGUGGGACGCUCGGUAACAAUCUUUUGGGGGGGGCCCAAGCUAUUCCCUCCCCCCCCCCUCGGACCAUCCGUCCUGCCAGCGGUGCCAUUGAAUGCUUUACCCGAUGAUUUUCAUUAAAAACCAAAGUUGUCUUAAGACCAAAUAAUAGAA